UAAAGAGCAGCCUUGCCCUUAAGUAUCUCCUAAUUGUGAAUUUUUUUAAAUUUGACAUAUUCCAAGUCAUUUAUAGCACAUUUUUAACAUAAAGACCACAAUUUCAAACUAUUUCCAAGCUCAUCAAAAUAAGUUCAAUUACUUUCAACUAUGAGGAAAAAGUGGAUUAUUUAAAAGGAAGGAAGAGGGUGUGCUCUAAUAACGUAAGGAGGAAUUCGCAACGGUUUUUCACAACAUAAAGGGCAUUUGGAUAAAUGCAACAUGGAGUUGUUGAAAGCAUAAUUGCCUUUGUAAGUAACUAAUCUAAUAUCAUUAGCAACAUGUUUUGUGUAGGAAGAAAAUCAAAACUUGAUAUCUCUAGGAACAAUAGAAGGAUUACGCGAAUUUUCAACUUUAACAAUCCGCCUUCUUUUUUCUUCUCAUUGGAGUUAUUUAACGAAAGAAUUUCCCACAAAGGGAAGAAAAACCACCAUUCGAGAGAAUUGAGAGCACAACUUUCUAUUUGAUUAAAUAGAAAGGCUCAAUGAAUUGGGAAUCUUUUGGUCUCGGAUUACUAAUGAGUUUCCACAUUUUCAUUUCGGAAUAAACAAAAAAGUAUUUACAAUAAACUUAACUAAGAAGUAUCCUUCUAAAAAACCCGAACCUGGAAAAACAACCUUGUCAUAAUUAACAUAAGAGGGAUGAGAUGGAGUACAUAUAAAUGUUUAGAGAGAGAGAGAGAGAGAGAGAGACUACUAUUCAUUUAAUGAUGCUAGGUAAAUUUGAUUUAUUGGUUAAUGAGAUUUAACUGCUUUACUAAUUAACCUAAGCAAUAAAUGAAGGUGGUUUCAAAACUAAGCUUCAAUGAAACGGCGAGAUUGAAGAAAUUGCAAGGUGCAUGAACUAUCAUCGGAGGACAUCGCCAACAAAACAUAUGUUUAUGCAAUCCAAGCAGGUUAGCUUCCUUGGUUGUGUUAGUUUUUAUGCCACCCAGAUUUCCUUAUACUGUGAGAUUUCUUAUUUAUAUCCAAACCCGCAGAAAUACAAUUUACUGCUUGAAUUCACAACUCUUUUUGUUGAAGAGUUCAGAACACUUUAGGUUGAUUCUCCAUAAGAGAAUUAAAAUAUUAACAGGUUUUUUUCUUUUUGGGAUCUGAUUUCCAGACUUAAUAAGGCUUAUUAGUUCAAGUCUAGAAUUUUUUUAGUCAACUUCUUACAAUACCAGAAUGAUUUCAUGCACUCCUUUUGUUUGAUAUCAUAGUAACUUUUAAAACCUAAAACACCCUUCAACAAACACUGAAUCUCUAUCGGAAUCAGUUAGAUUGUCCGGGCCAGGGAGGUCUAUCCAGGCACAGGACCACUGCUACCUGUCCAGAAGGCUUGAAGGAAAGAUCAUUCUUCGGUGAAAAUUUCUUUCUAGUUCAAUUGAUUCGCUAUGCCUGUUAUAAACUUUUUCAUAUUCAUUUCUAACAUUGAAGAAGGGCAUGCCCUACUUAUAUUUUUAUUGCUAUGCUUUCUAGCACCUAUUACAUCCUUCAAUAAACGCAUAAUGUUUAUUGCAACUUUCUCUUGUUUUCUAACAGACACGGCAUGUUUACAGGUAUCGAUCACUAAAAGAAUUCUAAGUCUGCAAUCAAAAACUUGAUGGCCAGUAGUUUCACAUCAACUUAUUCAUCAGCAACCAUGCCCGGAGCGCGCAUAACAAGCAAGAGAAAACGGACAAAAACACUAACUAUAUGUCUAGCACCGCUUCUAUGUUUCUUUGCUCUUGACAUCAUUCUCACAUUGAUCUUCGGAUCGUUUGAAACAAAUCCAGCAAGAACACUAGGUAUGAUCUCUAACAUGUAUGAACACAUAAUUGGCAGAAAGUAUGUUGCGUAAGUGUUAGAUUGUUACAAACCUAUAUUUAAACUAUGUUUUCAGAGCUCCUUCCUUUCACGAUAGACUCUUUUGUUUCACUCCCAACUGCAUGAUUCAAACUCUUUUUCUGUACAUUUGCAGAUUUUGAAACAGAAGAAGGAAGUAGUCCAUGGGAGAGCCCGGAGCCCACAUGGUCGAUCACAUGUGAUCGUUCUCAUUUUGAGUACGAUCUCUGCUACAUCAAUCGUCCAUCUGUCUUGCAUCCGACGACUGCGACUUUAUCUGCAGUUGAUCCUACAAACUCUACACCACCAUUGGCAGAAACGAUCCGCCCCUACCCACGCAAAUGGCAGCACAAUGCCAUGGAAACUGUCAGGGAGGUCACCCUCACCACAGCCCCACUCCAAUCCCCCUGUGCUAUCACACACACUUCCCCAGCCCUAAUAUUCAGUGCAGGUGGGUUCACCUCCAACGUCUUCCACGAUUUCAAUGAAGGUUUCAUCCCGCUAUUCAUCACCGUUGAUUCGUUCUUCAAUGAUCGAGACGUCAUCCUCGCAAUUGUGAAUUGCAGCGAUUGGUGGGUCGAUAAGUACAGCGAGCUAAUCGCACGGUUCACGCGCCAUCCGAUCAUCAACCUCGACAAAGAGACGGCCACCCAUUGCUUCCCAAUGGCGAUCGUAGGGCUAAUGUCACACGGUCCGAUGACCGUAGACCCCACGCUACAACGUGGGGCCCAACCGAAGACCGUCCUUGACUUCCACGCCAUUCUAACAACUACGUAUGGCCAAGGCUACACAUUGCCACCCCAAAGCCGGCCGAAGUUGGUGAUUAUUGGCCGCAGCACCCACCGUGUGAUUCUAAACCAAGAUAAGGUCCUAGAAGCCGCAAAGAAUGUAGGGUUCGAUGUAGUUGUUUUUGAGCCAACUCAAGGUACCCCCAUGAGAGAGGUUUUUAGGGUUCUUCAUGGUAGCCAUGUAAUGAUAGGAGUUCAUGGAGCAGGACUAACAAAUGAGCUGUUCCUUAGACCGGGGGCGGUGUUUAUGCAAAUUGUGCCAAUAAGAAACAGUUGGUUGGGGGACAUAUGCUAUGGAAAGCUUGCUUUACGUCUGGGGUUAGAGUACAUAGUCUAUGACAUUGCCAUUGAAGAGAGCAGCUUAGCUAAUCAAUUACCAAAGGACUUGUUGGAUCCAAACGAUCAAGGAGGUAUGUUGAUGAAUGACUGGUCAAACUGGGAAAUAUACAUGAAUCAAAAUGUAACUCUAAACCUGGCUAGGUUCGGGAGGUAUUUGGAGAGGGCAUAUGAAAAGGCGAAGAUAUCCAUGCGGAAAGAAAGUUCACAUGCUGAUCACUAGUCCAAAAUCAGAGAAGUUACAAGAGUUAAGUUCUAAAGUUAUCGAUUGAGAAAUUUAAAGAAUGGUUUAGCAGCAUCACAGAAACAGAGGACUGAAACUGAUAUGGUACUGGACAUAAGAGCUUCUCACAAAACAUCCUGAGAGUAAUUGUUUCGUCCAUUGUAUUUUCAUUCA